AUGCUCUGGGGCGUCCAGGGAGAGCAUUGCGACGAUCUGGGGCGUCCGGGGAGAGCAUCGCGAUGCUCUGGGGUGUCCGGGGAGAGCAUCGCGACGCUCUGGGACGUCCGGGGAGAGCAUCGCGAUGCUCCGGGGCAGCUGGGGAGAGCAUCGCGAUGCUCUGGGGCGUCCGGGGGGGGCAUCACGACGCUCUGGGGCGUCCGGGGAGAGCAUCGUGACGCUCUGGGGCGUCCGGGGAGAUCAUUGCGACGCUCUCGGGCGUCCGGGGAGAGCAUCACGGCGCUCUGGGGCGUCCGGGGAGAGCAUCACGAUGCUCUGGGGCGUCCGGAGAGAGCAUCGCGACGCUCUGGGGCGUCCGGGGAGAGCAUCGCGACGCUCUGGGGCGUCCGGGGAGAGCAUCGCGACGCUCUGGGGCGUCCGAGGAGAGCAUCGCGACGCUCUGGGGCGUCCGGGGAGAGCAUCGCGAUGCUCUGGGGCGUCCAGGGAGAGCAUUGCGACGCUCUGGGGCGUCCGGGGAGAGCAUCGCGAUGCUCUGGGGUGUCCGGGGAGAGCAUCGCGACGCUCUGGGACGUCCGGGGAGAGCAUCGCGAUGCUCCGGGGCAGCUGGGGAGAGCAUCGCGACGCUCUGGGGCGUCCGGGGAGAGCAUCGCGGCGUCCAAAGAGAGCAUCGCGACGCUCUGGGUCGGGCGUCCGGGGAGAGCAUCGCGAUGCUCCGGGGCGUCCGAGGAGAGCAUCGCGACGCUCUGGGGCGUCCGGGGAGAGCAUCGCGACGCUCUGGGGCGUCCGGGGAGAGCAUCGCGACGCUCUGGGGCGUCCGAGGAGAGCAUCGCGACGCUCUGGGGCGUCCGGGGAGAGCAUCACGACGCUCUGGGGCGUCCGGAGAGAGCAUCGCGAUGCUCUGGGGCGGCUGGGGAGAGCAUCGCGAUGCUCCGGGGCGUCCGGGGAGAGCAUUGCGACGCUCUGGGGCGUCCGGGGAAAGCAUCACGACGCUCUGGGGCGUCCCGGGACAGCAUCGCGACGCUCUGGGGCGUCCGGGGAGAGCAUCGCGACGCUCUGGGUCGUGCGGGGAGAGCAUCGCGACGCUCUGGGGCGGAGGGGAGAGCAUCGCGACGCUCUGGGGCGUUCGGGGAGAGCAUCAUGACGCUCUGGGGCGUCCGGGGAGAGCAUUGCGAUGCUCUGGGGCGUCCGGGGAGAGCAUCACGACGCUCUGGGGCGUCCGGGGAGAGCAUCGCGAUGCUCCGGGGCGGCUGGGGAGAGCAUUGGAUGCUCUGGGGCGUCCGGGAGAGCAUCGCGACGCUCUGGGGCGUCCGGGGAGAGCAUCGCGACGCUCUAGGGCGUCCGGGGAGAGCAUCGUGA